AUGGCUGAUCAGAUAGAACUUUUAUUACGACAGGGUGUCUUGGAGAAGGUCCCAUACCUGGGACCAAGCUUCGUUUCGAAAAUGUUCUUGGUGAAGAAGAGCCAUGGAGGCUGGCGUCCUAUCUUCGACCUUCGGAACCUAAACAGUGGCCGGAGCACACCGCCGCUUCCUCCUACGCCUUCACUUCAGAGGAGAGCUCCUACAGAUGACGUGCAUGCCAUUCGGCCUCUCAUCUGCCCCGUACGUGUUUGCCUCGGUGCCCAACUGGGUAGCAGAGCUACUGCGCUCAAAAGGCAUAAGAGUGGCAGUGUACCUGGACGAUUUUCUGGUAGCCUGCCAGCACAGGAACAGAUUGUUAGAGCAGGUAAAAAUGAUAAUAGAUUUUCUGGUUUCACUAGGUUGGCAGAUCAACUGGGACAAAAGCAUCUUAAAGCCUUGCCAGGAGUCAGAUUUCCUGGGAAUAGCAUGGAACACGCAGACCGGUGUGAUAAGGCUUCCAUCCAAGGCCAGAAACAUCCAAACCCUGGUCCAGGAAGUUGUAAAGGAUCAAAGUUGUACCUUAAAGAAGGCUCAGAGUCUUCUGGGACACUUGAACUUUGCGAGCUUCGUAAUUCCAAGCGGCCAGCUCCAUUGCCGUCAUCUCCAACGGUUCUCGACUCAUUCAGUCAGAACCGCCCUCGACAGAGGCUUCGAAUAAACAACCAGGUUCAGAACAAUCUAACCUGGUGGAAAGAAGCCUCGAGUCCGUGUUCACCUCGGCACAAAAGCAAGGUAACACACUUCCUGACGAUGGACGCAGCCGACAAGGGCUGGGACGCCCAACUGAACGGGAUCUACAUGUCAGGAAACUGGUCAGUGACACAAAGGAGAUGGCACUCCAACAAGAAGGAGAUGCUGGCAGUAUAUUAGGCGCUGAAGCAGCGGGUUCACCUCCUAAAGGAAGCCCAUGUACUGCUACAAACGAGGUCGUUGGAACUGUACGAACUUACAUUCCAACUCCUUUCCCUGUUCGACGAGUUAAAAAUAACUCUGUCAGCUUUUACCUUCCUGGAAGGUACAACGGGAUUGCA